AUGUCUCUCGGGAACUUUUCUUCGCUGGUUCUGGAUCUGGGCGGUGUGUUGCUGCUCUACUCGGCCAACAACGUCAAGACACUUACCCCCCGCCAAAUCAGCAAUGCACUGGACUCUCCCAUCUGGCACGACCAUGAGCGAGGAAAACUCUCGAAGCAGUAUUGCUAUGAUGACAUCUGUAGAGAAUUUGGCUUCGAUUCAAACACCUGGGCUGAAGCGCUGGAUAUAAUGAGGGAGUCACUGCAGCCAAACAAGGAACUCAUUAAUGAGAUUAAGCGGCUGAAGUCGAACAACCCUCAGCUGCAAGUCUUUGGACUUUCCAACAUCCCCAUGGAGGACUUUCAAGAUCUCAAACUCUUGAUUGACGAAUGGGACAUUUUUGACGACUUUUACGCUUCUGGCUUGACAGGUUUCCGCAAACCUGAUACAGCCUGCUACGAAAGAUUCUUGGAGCAUUGCAAGAUACCCCCAAAGGCGUGUAUCUUUGUGGAUGACCGAAUCGAAAAUGUCGUGGCAGCACAGUCUCUGGGCUUCCGAGGUGUUCAUCUGACUGACACGAGUUCUGUGGUGGCUACUCUGAAUAACCUUCUUGGCGACCCUGUCGCUCGUGGGUUGGAGUUUCUCAAGCGCAACGCCAAGAAUCUCUUUUGUGAGACAAAUGCGGGGGAGACACAGCCUGACAAUUAUUCUCAGCUGCUCAUCCUCGAACAUACCGGAGAUAGAGAUCUAGUAACACUGGAAAAGACUGGCCCAACUUGGAAUUACUUUAUUGGAGAACCCGUGUUCUUUAAUACCGUUUAUCCAAAUGAUGCAGAUACGACAUCGCUAGCCAUGCAUGUCCUUGGUGACGUUUCGGUAGAGGAAGAGACAUUUGCGGUAAAAGAGAUUACAUCUCAUCUCAACCCGGACGGCCUACCAUACUGCUGGCUGCAGACAUCUCGCCCUCGCUUCUGUCACAGCAUAUGCGCCAACGUCUUUCGUUACUUUUAUCUCAGCGGACAGAUCGAUAAGUUGCCCAAGGUCUAUCAGUACCUUUGCCGUCUGCUGAACACUGAGGCAUACCUUCUGGGAACACGCUAUUAUGAGAACCCGGAUUGGUUCCUAUUCCUCCUUAGUGAUGUCUGUGGGAAGCGUCCGAAUGACGAGGCACUGAGUGAGAUGCGACGUCUGCUCACUUCGCAGAUUCAGGAUCGUAUCGGUUGCGAUAGGAACAUUUUUGGUGCCGCACUACGAUCACUGGCUUCGCAGGCUCUGGGAAUCGUGAACAAGAGAGAUAUCAAGACUUUGCUUGAAACGCAGCUAAGUGAUGGAGGCUGGGAGAAGCAGUGGCUGUGGAAGUAUGGCAAGGAGGCUGUUAAGCUUGGAAGUCGGGGUGUUGUCACAGCCAUGGCGGUGAGGGCGAUAAAGAAGGCUCUGGAGGAUGCAUGA